AUGCCUCACCACAACCACCAUCAAACACCAAAACCGAACAAAAUCUAUUCUGCCACCAUCGUUAAAGACGUCAACAACAACAAAAACAGCAGCAGCAGCAACAAGAUAGGGUAUAAGUUUGAUUUAAUAAACUGGAUACCUACUCAUUGUCCUCUUCCACCCCUUACGAAUAGCAUUUCAGAGAUGGACCUGUUGAAGAGUGAUCUAUAUUUUGUUGGGGAAGGCAAAAAGCAGGGUGAGGCCUGGGCUGCUCGGCUGGCCCAAGUGCACCAGGCUUCGGGCCUGGCUGGUACUAUAUAUUUUCCUGAUGUUGUAGUGGCAGCAGCAGUUGGGGUUGUAACUGGUUCGUGUGUGGGCUCACUAAUACCUCUCCUUUUCUCAGCUAUCUUGUCUGAAUACUUCCUUGACUUGUGUGGAUUGACAGAUGCAAAUAGGAUCGAGGACUCCAGCUAUGAAUUUUCUGUUUUAGAUUCCAAUUCUUUAUUAUUUCUUUUCAAAUAUGCUCCUGAAGUGGCAAAGGGACUGCAUAUUGGCCAAGAGUUAUCUUUUGAAACUGCUAAUAUGUCUCACCGGGAAACUUGGUUGGCUAGCAGUUCUGACGAUUUGAGGGUGGAAGUUGCUGUGGUCGAACAAGUUUCAGAUGAUGAAGCAGAGAGGUUGAAGGCCUUCUCCCAGAUUGGGCAGAAUAAGCUUUUUUUCCCACCGACACUACACAAUGGCUACCGUAGAAAAAACGGAGAGUCCUUACUCGUAAGAGUCCCGCGAUCCUUCCCAAAGUUGGACAACUUUAGCCCUUUAAAACUACUAGGGCGACGUCAAACUGAAGAGCAAGAAAUUAGUAGUAAAGCAGAGACGAAAACAGAGAGAUCGAGAGAUUAA